UAACAAACGAGAGGAUAGCCGUGAUCAGUCGAGGGAGUAACUUCAAAGAGAUAACUUUCUCUAUCUCUGUUCUUUGAUUAUUUUUUUCUGACUGUUAAACGAGAUUGAAAAUUAAGUCAAAAUGCAACGAUGGGCUGGUAAAAUAGCUAUAGUUACUGGUGCAUCAAGUGGAAAUGGAUUAGCAAUAGCUAAAGCUCUUGUACGACAUGAUGUUGUUGUGGUUGGUUUUGCACGAAGGAAAAAUAAAAUGCAGACCGAGAUGCAAAAUGUUAAGGGAAAAGAAGGGAAAGGAAAGUUUUAUGCUGUCGAAUGUGACGUCACUAAAUCUGAAAGUAUCGAGCAAGCAUUUCAAUGGGUCAAGAACAAUUUGGGUGUGGUUCAUAUUCUAGUGAACAAUGCUGGUGUUUCAACUAACAAGAAAUUUAUGGAUUCGUCUAGACUCGAUUGGGAAAAAUUAUUCAAUACCAAUGUGUUAGGAUACAUUGAUUGUACCAAACGUGCAGCUAAAAUAAUGAUGGAUGCUAAUGUGGAAGGUCAUAUUGUUAAUAUGAACAGUACUGGUGGGCACGAAAUAAUAACUUUCGAUGGUAUGACUGUUAAUUUGUACCCAGCAUCUAAACAUGCUACGCGUGCUGCUACCGAGAUAACCCAUAAGGAAUUUUAUGGUAGCAAAAUACGAGUUUCUGGCAUCAGUCCAGGAUUGGUAGCAACGAAUAUCACCAAAGCUAAUAAUUUUGAUUUAUCGAACGUGAAUAUGAAUCAACCCAUGUUGGAACCCAGUGAUAUCGCAGAUGCCGUUAUUUAUAUCAUUGGAACUCCACAACGUGUUCACAUUUGUGAUUUAGUUAUUAGACCAUUUGGAGAACUUAAGUAUGAGGGUCAAAAGUAAGAUUAGUUAGAAUAUAUAUAUAUUGUAACUAAUAUAUUGUAAUAUAUAUAGUAUAUAGAAUAUACAUAUACUGUAUAAAA